AUGUCGGGCAAUCCCAACGAUCACGACCCUAGCCGUCAGGGUGAUCCAAAUCGCCAGGAUCCUCGAGACACCAGAGGGCCCCAGUGGAAUACUCCGGAUGAUCAGGCCCCCUACCCAUAUCCACCUACUUCCUAUCCUCCACCGGAUCAGGACCGCGGCUAUCAAUAUCCCCCUCCCGCACAGUACGCGCCAUCGCAGUAUCCCCCUCCUCCUCAGUAUCCUCCAUCACAAUAUCCCCCGGCGCAGUAUCCGGACCCAAGAUACUCGCACCCACCAGCCAUGAAUGCCAUUCACGGAGCGCAAGACCCCUACCGCCUGCCUCCUCCACCAGGACCUUAUCGCACCGAUGCAUAUGGACCUCAGGCAGCCCAAGGGCCUUACCAAGCAGCAGCUCCACGACAGCGAACGGCCAUCGCCUGCCGAUACUGCCGUCGCCGGAAGAUUCGUUGCUCAGGAUUUGAGACGUCCGCAGAUGGAAGAUGCAGCAACUGCGUGAGAUUCAACCAAGACUGCAUGUUCACCCCAGUCUCUUCGCAAACCCAAGCCUUUGUGCCUGCACACACCGCCUACCCCCAUCUACGCCCUGGACAGAAUGGCCCAGGACCAGGUCGCGGUGGACCUCCAGUGCUGUACGGCGCUCACGGACAGCCUCUACCCCCUCAACAGCAGCCACAGGGUCCCGAGACCACCCUGCCUCCGCCUCAAGGGAUGUACUAUCAGAACGGCCGACCCCCCAUGGACGGUGCCCCGCCACCCCUUGCAUCAACCAUGCCCGAUCCGGUAAGGACGCCAUUACCCCUUCGGCAAGAGACAAAGGGAAAGAGGGAGCCUGAGCUAAUAUUCCUGCGCAGAGACAUCGCCGCGGCUCGAACUCGGGAUUUGAACUCAUACCACGCCGAGCCCUUACUCAUACCCCCUCCACCCGCCCACGAUCGACGCACCUCGCCGCCAUCGGCUUAUAGUUACGAUGCACGCCCCUCCUCCUCGCCUCACGGGUCGCCCUUCCCGCCCAUGCAGUCCCAUCAGGCGCCUAUGACUCCUCACCAGGGCAGUGUGCCCCCAGUUUCAGUUCAACCUGGCACCACACAACCCAAGCCAAGUGGUACUCCUCAACCAGGGGGUGUGACACCUCCCCCGACUUCCACUCCUGGGGGUUCGCAGCGCGGAGGAUUGAAUGUGCGCGACAUGCUGAACCCGGGCGAUUCCCAAGGCCGGUCCAGCACUGAUAGCGAUAUGCUCAAUGCGCUGAACCGCCGCGGCCCGCAAUAG